CCAACAGACUUUUUGUGUCUCUGACGUGUUUACGGGUGUUCAUCAUUAACCCGAAGCCGUGGAACUGAACGCCAGUUUCUUUUUGCCAUUUAGCAAAUCAACGUUUUUACAAUUUGUAAAAUCUUCAAAAAACUGUUAGCAAAAGCACAAGUUUUUUUUAACAGUCAACCUCGUUUAUGAAGUUUUACUUUUCAAUGUUUGAACACUGAAGACAUUUGAGGAAGCCAGAGCUCCAAGCAGUUCCACCCAUCCUUCGCUACUUCAACGCACCGUUUUGUCGAACUCACCAUCAUGACACGGAGAUCUUGUGCAAUAUAUGCAGUGGGGAUUGUCUGUGCGCACCUGCUAAUUAUUGGGAUUGGUUUGGUUGUGGCCCAAGUAUUUCCAACGCUAAUCCGCAACCGUUUAAAAAGGGAGAUCACAUUGACGCAGGGAAGCCGGACGUUCGAGACAUGGAAGAGCCCUCCUCCGCCUGUGUUUAUGCAGUACUUCUUCUUCAACCUCACCAAUGCAGAUGAGUUCCUAGCUGGAGCCAAACCUGUAGUGCAGCAAAUUGGACCCUACACUUACAGGGAGUACAGGCCAAAGGCCAACGUGACCUUUGUAGAGAAUGGAACCAUGGUAUCUGCCUUCAACCCCAAGACUUUUGUGUUUUUGCCGAAUGAGUCAGUCGGUGACCCAGCAAAAGAUAUAAUCACCACCAUCAAUAUCCCAAAUGUUGCGGUGAUGGAGAAGGUGAGGGACAGCUUCUUUAAGAGCGUAGCCGCCUCCGUCAUGAUGAAAAGCGUCAACAGUGGCAUCAUCACCAACCGCACAGUCAACGAGCUUCUGUGGGGCUACUUGGAUCCCCUGCUGGUGAAUGUGAAGAAGAGCAAACCUGAUGUGGAGGAGUACUUUGGCCUCAUGUACAAGAAAAAUGGCACCAACGACGGAGAAUUUGUGUACCACACUGGAGAGCACAAUCAUCUCGACUAUGGCAGGGUCCACUCCUGGAGGGGAGAAAGCAAGCUGUCGUUCUGGACGUCCGAGCAGAGCAACUCCAUCAACGGGUCCGACGGCAGCGCGUUCCAUCCCCUCCUGUCCAAGGAGGAGCGCCUCUACGUGUUCACCUCCGACCUGUGCAGGUCGAUCUUCAUGGAGUUCGAGAAGGACGUGGAGGUCAAGGGCGUCCCAGCGUAUCGCUUCACGCCCCCGCGUGACGUCCUGGCCAGCAAGGAGGACAACCCGGCCAAUGAAGGCUUUUGUGUCACUCCCAAAGAGUGUCUGGGAACAGGGGUCCUGAAAGUCAGCGUGUGUCGGAAAGGUGCUCCUGUGGUGGCUUCUUUCCCACAUUUUUACUUGGGUGAUCCCAAGUAUGCUGACGCCAUUAUCGGACUGUCUCCCAAGAGAGAGCAUCACCAAACCUUUCUGGACCUGAACCCGACCACUGGCGUUCCUAUUCGGGCCAACAAGAGGGCACAAAUAAAUAUCCUUAUCGGCAGAGUCUCAGGUUUCCCGCAAACCAAAUUUCUGAAAGAAACCAUCUUCCCUAUCAUGUUCAUUAACGAGACGGUUGUAAUUGACGAUGCAUCAGCAGCGAAGCUCCACAAGUUGUUGCUCAUCGUUAUGCUGGUGUCCAACCUCCCCCUGAUCAUUGUGGGUAUGGGGGCCAUCAUGCUGUUGGUUUUCAUCCUUCUCAUGAUCCGUGCUCGCAAGCAGAAGAAUUACGUGAAACGCAUAGCUUUUACUGAGGUGCUCUAUUGUGCUACCACCACCAAGGAGGACACGGCAUAUUCUCCCGUCAGCCAUAAGGAUGGAGAACCACUGGAUAACCAAUCAAAGAAUGGCACAUACAUCGGCCUGACUCCCAUUGACCCACAGUCUUGAGGAGUACAGGGGAGGGGGGGGGGGGGGGGUUGAGACAGACUGGGGUCAGAAAAGCAGCAUAGACUGUAGAGUAUCAAGAAUCACCCCCUUUAUACACAUCGAUGUAGGCUCCCUAAUAUUGGGUUAAUUGAUGUUAGUCCCCAUCAUCUCAAAAGGCGAAACCACUCGAUGCCUGUGCUGUGUGCUGUUAGAUUAUUUAUCAAUAUAUCAUGGAAGAAAAAGGCAUGGAUUAAGGACCAUAAAUAGCAGUGUUUCAGUGUUAGUGGAAGUACAGUACAAAGCUGGAUUGAAUGCCUGAAUACCCAUUGGCUCUCAGGGACCAUGUACAGUAUGGUUAGUCGAAUGACUGUGCAUCCCUACUCCAUAAACUGUGAGCACAAUUCUGGUAUAAUGCCAUUCUCAGGGGACGGGACACUCUGCUAUGAGCUAGAUGAACAAUUGUAAGCAUGUAUACUUAAACACUUUUUUUUUUUUUUUUUUUUAUGUUAUGGAGGGUUUCCUUUUUUGUUGAGUAACUGAGCCUGAAUAAAAUGUCUUCCAGACUUCCAAUCAAAGUGCCAUCAAUAUAAUAUAUAUAUUAUUAUUUUUUGUUGUUAAAAAUGCCCUCCUUUGAUUGUUUUACCACUUUUUUGGUGGACUGGAUAUGUAUAUUGAAGUAACAGCUUAUUGGUCAAAAUAUUCCUUUUUGUGAUGUGGUUCAGAAAGAUUUCAGAUUGCAUGUUAUGAGUUUGAUAUGCAUACAUUCACCUGAUUUAACUGAGGAUUUACCCUUUUUUUGUAAGUCACACACUACAAUAUAAAUCCAAUGUGUGAACAAGAUUUAUUACUUUUGAGCUUGAUGCUUGUUGGUGCCAUGAUGUGGUCAACUUAUCUCAAGGCCUGCACUGCAAAAGAAUAGAUCAUGUAUAAAUGCAUUGAAAAGUAUUAAAGUCAUUGGUCCUUUACCAAUACAGUAUUACUAAAUACCAAUGGAUUAUGGCCUACAUUUCUAAGUUUUAGGUAUGUUAGCAUGCCUAUGAUAACUAAGAUAUUUUGUGUUAACAUUUACAUUUAGUCAUUUAGCAGACGCUCUUAUCCAGAGCGACUUACAGUAAGUACAGGGACAUUCCCCCGAGGCAAGUAGGGUGAAGUGCCUUGCCCAAGGACACAACGUCAGUUGUGGGAAUCGAACUGGCAACCUUCGGAUUACUAGCCCGAUACCCUCACCGCUCAGCCAACAGACUCCCAUAAUUGUGUAUUAUGCCUGAAAGAUGUAGAUAUUACAAAAUACAGAUGUUUUGUAUUUUUGUGGCUUUUGGAUAUUUUGUGAGGGGAAUAACUCUUAGGAUAAGAUUGUUGCCAUCUCCUACAGUAUUUUACAUAGUGUAUUAACUCAGUCUAGUAUGUUGCAAGUAGACUAACAAGGUCCUGGUGCAACAGCUUGACUGCUGUAAUCCUAGCAUGUCCCUGUUAUCUGUCAACUUGUGGUCUGCUAUGAGGUCUGCUUGAAUGAAAGCACAUUGCACUGUCAAAAUCAUGUUACUUCACUGACGUAUCGGAUUGUAUAAUUUCCUGUCCUAUUGUAUCAUUUCAUAUCAUUAGAAUGCCUGUAGAACAAGUGUCCAGAGGGAGUCCAUCCAACUGUGCAUUGUUUUCACCACCAUCUAACAAGAUGGCGUGCACGUUGUUGCUCAGCAUUGAAGAAUAUGAAUAUGCAAUGAAUAUUGGUUUAUAGAAUUUCCUAUUCAUAGCCUCUAUGCAUAAUCAGCAGUCUUUCCAGGUUUAGAAUUCAGUAUGCUUUUUUAUUCGCUAUAUUUAGCUUUUUAACCAUAAUGUAAAUCAUUUGUGUGCCAAGAAUGAUUGGAUUGAGUUCAAGAUCCAUACAUGCCUUACACCAUCACCAAAACAAAUGGCACUGAGCUAAAACAUGGGAUUGCACAUGCUCCAAUACUCAUAACGAUAAUACACUUUUGCUUUUCAUGCAACGCAAACGAAUAAGACUGUCUUUUUUGUAUUAAGAGAACUUAUUUGCAAUCAAAUAAAAGCAACCAUUUUGAUUAACA